CCCUGUGCUGUCCUCCCCAGCGGGACCGGGCAGCAUGAUAGCUGAUGCAGCUUUUCCCACCUGCUACUCCGACUGGGACCCAGACAGAGACUAAAAUGGAUGCUAAAAAGCCGAGGAAACAGAGUUUGACUUCCUUACCAAUUUUGAAAACAAGAAAGAAAGAAAAUUUCAUCUCUGGGAAGGUUGAGAGUCAAUUUCUGGCCCAAGUCCAAGAGCUGCCUUCCAAGAUCAAGAACCCUAGAAUGACCCGGUUUUUGUAUAAGAACACAGUCAAUAACAUGACUUCACACCUCUUUGUGGACUCCAGUGGAAAGAAGAACCCAGUUAAUUUCCCACACAUCAGCAACAAAACCCUGCUGAAACCAGCCCUGCGGUACCAGGAUCAUCAAACUAAUCAUCGGGUGCUGGCCUCCGAGAACAAGACUUCAGGAAUACUUUUCCACUCUAACAUUAAAAGCCAAGACCCCAAGCCCGAGGAGAAAUCUCCAAGGAAGCACAAGGUGCCGUUGACAGCGGCAGAGGCCCUGAUGUGUUAUAAGAAUCGUCUGUCUCUUUAUGAGCAAAGCGAAAUCCUGGGCUACGCAGAGCUGUGGUUUCUGGGGCUAGAAGCCGAGAAGGUGCAUGUGGACCCUGAUAAGUUCAGCAAAACGAGUUUUGAUGAUGAACAGGGCUCCUACAUCGAGGUCCUGCAUGACCACAUUGCCUACCGCUAUGAAGUUCUGGAGAUGAUUGGGAAAGGGUCCUUUGGACAGGUGGCCAAAUGCUUGGAUCACAAAAACAAUGAGUUGGUGGCCCUGAAAAUCAUCAGGAACAAAAAAAGAUUUCACCACCAGGCCCUGGUGGAGUUGAAGAUCCUGGAAGCCCUCAGAAGGAAGGACAAAGACAACUCCUACAAUGUGGUACACAUGAAGGACUUUUUCCACUUCCGCAAUCAUCUCUGCAUCACCUUCGAGCUCCUGGGAAUCAAUUUGUACCAGUUGAUGAAGAAUAACAGCUUUCAAGGUUUCAGUCUGUCGCUAGUCCGUCGCUUCACCCUCUGUGUUUUGAAGUGCCUGCAGAUGCUUUACGUAGAGAAGAUCAUUCACUGUGAUCUCAAGCCUGAAAACAUAGUGCUAUACCAAAAGGGCCCUGUCUCUGUCAAAGUUAUUGACUUUGGAUCAAGCUGUUAUGAACACCAGAAAGCGUACACCUACAUCCAGAGCCGGUUCUACCGCUCCCCCGAGGUGAUCCUGGGCCACCCCUACAACAUGGCCAUUGACAUGUGGAGCCUGGGCUGCAUCAUGGCCGAGCUGUACACGGGCUGCCCGCUGUUUGCCGGGGAGAACGAGGUGGAACAGCUGGCCUGCAUCAUGGAGGUGUUGGGCCUGCCUCCAGCUCGCUUUAUCCAGACAGCUUCCCAGAGACAGACAUUCUUUGAUUCCAAAGGUUUUCCUAAAAAUAUAACCGACAACAGGGGGAAAAAAAGAUACCCGGAUUCCAAGGAUCUCACAAUGGUGCUGAAAACGUGUGACUCCAGCUUCCUGGACUUCCUCAGAAGGUGUUUGGUGUGGGAGCCUUCGCUCCGCAUGACCCCGGACCAGGCCCUCAAGCAUGCCUGGAUUCAUGAAGCACAGAACCGCAAGCCAAGGCCCAUGCCCCAGAACUUGAGGAAACCUAGUUUCAGUUUUCCCUCCGAGCCAAGCAAAAACAAGAUUCCAGGACACCAUCAUUCCAUCCAAAGUACAAAAGGUGAGAUCGCCAAAGAGACUACAGACAAAAUGAAAUACAGUGCCAUUGUGCCCUCUCCAGGUCCCAGUGCCCAGCAGGUGUCUCUCCCGCCGUGUGUCUCGGACACCAUCCGGCUGCCUCCCAUAGCAGAGGCUCACAGGAAGCCAGAGGUUGCUGCUGGACAGGAGGCAUCUGGGACCACCAGGGAACAACAACGCAAAGACUAUUCUUCCCAAGACACAAGCGCUCUGCCACCCAUUGUGUGAGCCUUGCUGAAGGUGUGUGCCGCUCCU